AUGUCAGGUCGUAAUAAUCAAACAUAUUCAUUGGAUCCUCUCGUUGCAACCACGAUUUUAUUAUUUUCUGAUUACUCGGAUUGGCCAGUCAUCCAACCGUAUUUAAUUUCAAAAACAUUUCAUCACGUAUUCGAAUCACAACGCUUUUCAAAACAAUACCUGAUAAAAUUGUUUCAAUUAGAUAGUAAUGAACAGAAACGACUCGAAGAGUGUUUGGAAAUUCAUCAUCAAUUUAUCGAAACAGAAAGCAGUUUUAAAAGACGUAAAAUUGAACAUGAAAUGACCUAUCACAAAAUUUUGCAAUUAUAUGUCACUAAAAGUUAUUGCAGCGUUGAAACUCAAAUGCCAUCCUUGCUUAACCAGUACUUGAUAGCCGAUAAGUACUCAAUCGAACGAUCUUGUAUUGAAAGGCGCAUGAAACAUGUACUUUCAAGACUCAACAAAACUCGAAAACUAUGUCGAGCAUUUUCACAAUUUUUCUCAAACGAGGAAUGGGUUGUGAGUUACUCAACAUUUACACUUUCACGGGCUACAUUGUGGAAAUUAUUUGGAGCUUGUCAAUUUCCUCAACAUGCCGCUUCUUACGAGUUAAUUCCAACAAGACGCACACAACUCUCACACGCUGAAUUGAAUGCACCAUUCAAAGCCGUUUUUAUAGAUGAUUUUAAAGACACCAAUGAAAUUCUGUCAGAAUACACUGUUUUUACAAGCUGUGGAUUUCCUUUGAGCGUGCAAAUUACGUAUCAUUCAACUGUACCACUGCAUGAUGGUACUGGGGAGAGUUGUAUUGUCAAUGGACAGCAAUUAUUUUCUCAUGAAAUGUCAGACAAGGGUGUCUCUUUUUCUGAAUAUUCCGAAGAGUGUUUAAAUUAUGUGAAAUCAAUUUUGUUUGGAUCCUACACACAUCAAGAAGAUGCAUUAACCUUGAACACUCUCUUGUACAAUGUUUUACGUUUAGGACUGUUCAAGUACUCGCAUAGCUAUGAGUCAUGCGUUCGAGGUGAUUCGAAAGCACUUCCAACAUUCAACAACAGAAUAUUUAGCAAUCAAGAAGAGGAAGAUGAAGAACAAGAUGAGGAAGAUGAAGAGGAAGAACAAGAUGAAGAGCAAUAA